CUGCACAAUGGAGCUGUCUGUCAAGACGACGACACCACUGUUCAACAACCCAGUACUGUUGCCCCCAGUGUUAGUCCCGCAGAUACUGAUGCCCCUACUGGUGCCCCUGGUGAUGCUGCUACUACUGACCUUGCCGGUGCCCUUACUGAUGCUACUACUGCUGACCCAGCUGUUAACUCUGCUGUUGUCUCUGCUGUUGACCCCACUCAUAAACCUGAGGACUCCACCCCUGCAUCAGGACUCCCAGCAACAGCAGAGUCACAGGCUGCAGAUACCAACACUGCCCAGGGUGGCCUGGCUGCGGCCCCCUCCACAGGACCCCCAGCCAACACAGAUGCCCCUGGGCAUCCUGCUGUUGUUGACACCACCUCUUCCACUUCUGUCGAUCCACUUCCGUUCACUAUACAGUCUUGGAUGAACGCUAUUACAGGCUUUGACGCCAGGGAGAUCGCUGGCACAGACGCCCCCAUAAUGUCGUCUGCUACGGAAGCCAAGGCUUUGCCCGUGAAGCCUUUUGUGGUGUGUGUGACUGAGGAGGCCUUGAAAGACAAGGAUGCUGUUCAGGUGCACCUGCAGAGUUCAUCUAGCUGUGAGGACAGCAAGGGUGUGUUAGAGGAACUGUUGGCCCCCUGGUGUGAUUCUGCUCCAUGUCAGUUAGACGUCUUCCAGGAGGAAAGCACCAAUAACCUGCUGGUGACCAGUCCUCACGCUGGAUUAAAGAAACUGGAGGAGGUGCUGACCAGGGCUGAAGUGAAGAAAGCGCUGGGUGCGUCGGAGGUGAAGGCCCAUCCAGUGAAGUCAUCGUCUGCAGUGUUUGUGUCGGUGCUGAUGGCAGGUCUGCUGCUUGCCGCAGGGCUCAUCGGAGCCUACUGUGUGAGGAUCCGCCGGGGCCACAACACCAAGGGCAUGAGGCUGUCAGAAGAAACCUACCCUGUAGAUGAGGAGAACCAGGGAAACACGCUGGUGUCAGUGGCCCCCCUCACCCCGCCGGAGAGCCAGGAGAAGCCUGCCCUCAACGGGGAAGCACCGGAGGCCGACAAGACCCAGCCUCCACCGACCAACGGCCACUCUACCAAGACGGCCGACACAGAGCUGUAAAGACACCCUGGUUCAGGACAGAACAGACCCCUCCAACCCCCCCACACCCACCCUACCCUCCGUUCCAGAGACAACCCCACCCAGCCCCCUUCAACACACAGAUACACACACACACACACGUUCAUGCACAGUAUCUACUGUAGUCUCCUCCUGUCCUCCUCUGGAUCCAUGCCUCGGCAACCUGCAGUUGCAGGAGGGACUACCUCCUGGUGACGUAAGCAUGAUGACGAUGAUGGAGGCUCUGUCCCUGGGAAGUUUCUGAUAGUCAGUACUGGAGUUUGGGGAAGGGCAAGACAGGGUGGGGACAGUUUGCCGCUGAUCACCAGUGGUUCCCAUGACAGUAGCUAGAUACUGGGGUCAGAGCCACAAGCUGUCACCGUCUGGGAGUCACCCCCACUGCUAAUGUAACCAGCCCCAUGGCUCCCACACACACUCCAGCAGCAAACACUGAUAUCCAGGAGAUACACUCGUACCGGUCCUAUGUUGAGUUUGAUAGUGUUCUCAGAGCAAAAUGCCUGAUUGUGUUCAGGCUUCCUUUUGUGUGUGUAUUUGUUUGUGUGUGUGUGUGCGCAUGUGUGUGUGUGUGUGUGAGAGUGCGUGUGCGUGUGCAUGUGUGUACUUGCAUACGUGCAUACGUGCAUGCUUGUGUGUGUCAAUUGUUAAUCAAAAUGGAGUAUGUUUGAGCAAGGGUAUGGUUUUGUAACUAUGUGUAAGUGACAUUAGCCACAGAAACUUUACAAUGUUUUAAAAACAAGUAGACAAGGUAAUGGUUGGGGGAGUUUUGGCCCUUGGUGAGUCUUCUGGUGCUCACCAUCAUGUCCAUCAGCCAGAUAUUAGGCAGGAUAUCACUUCCCCCCAUCAUUACUGCACACUGCAGGGCCAACUGUGCCUGGAGCAGCACCACAGGCAGCAACAGCCUGACACUCUGCAGGCCAAACAGGCUGAGCAGACUUUCACGGGCCUUGUGGCUCCAGCCGGGCUCCAGCCUGUGGCCCUGGCCAGAGACUAGGCCCACUGCUGAAGAGGAUGAGGAUGACGGCUUCUCUAAGGCCAGUCUCACACCCAGCUUUUCAGACUGCCACUCUCCAUCAGCUUCCUGACCAUUCUUACUAGUACGCUUUUUUAAUACCUUUUUUUUAUUGGAUAUUAUUAGUCCCGUCAGUAGUUUGUUCUGUAACUUACGGAAACAUGUUUUUUAUGUAACGUUUUAGUUGUAUCUUUUUGUGUACUACUCACAGUUUAUUUUUGUCAUGCUAAAGAGAUUAAAUUGGCUAGCUUGUCUUUCACAAAAAUGACUAGACUGUAUGUAACAACUAUUUUAUAGUAAUUUGGAUGCAGUCAUUUUUGAGUGGCUGGUCUUUUCUGUUAUCUGAGUGUUUUAUUCCACUGUGUCUUUUGAAAGAACUACCGUAACGAGCUCCUCACAAUUUUAGUAUCUCAAUCAACCUGUACUGUUAACAGACAUAAAGACAGAAAUGGAAAAGCAGUAAUUGGUUAUCUUGUCAGAGGAAUAGAUUAGUUGAGUACAUAAAAGAGUUUCAUUUAAUCUUUGAAUUCAUGGCCUGUUUUUAAACAUUCCAAAGUUACUGUUUAAUUGUACUAGCAUCCUGACGGUUGGAUUUGAAUCUUGAAAAAUAAAGAUUUUUUAAAAUGAAA